CGUCUUUCUCUCUCUUCCCGUCAGUUUCCGUGUUCUGUCCAUCUCUCAACUAUUGUUUUGUCGAACUAUUAAAUUCUCUUCCUAUGUGAUCGCGCACAGGCUCCACAAUCUCGUCUUUUUAUUCCGUUUCUUCAAGAAUUUGUGCUACCCUCUGCAUUUUAUUUUAUUGGGUCAAUGCGCUCCUGUUUUCUGCAAGUUAGGGCUUCAGUCCGUGGCCUGGGCUGAUUGAUUUGCGUUGUGUGCGGUGCAGAAUGUAGGAGAAGGCCGUGUUCUAUCAUGAAUAAAGAUUUCAUCCCCAUUGCUGGAGGAUGUUGAAAUUUUGAUAAACUCGGUUCAUUUCGAUUUUCUCUUAUUCUGGAUUUACGCCAUAAUUCAAUUUACUGCUAUUUGGAUGAUUAGAUUGGGAAAUCUCUUGGGAUUUUGAUGGAAUUUAUAAGAAAGCAACGAAUUUUGACUGCAUAAUCAAUUAAUUCGGCGAAUCCGGGAAAUUCCAUUACGUUUGCUGGCUGCGGGGAAGCUGCAUUGAAGGCAUCAUUUUGUCAUGGAUCAUUUGGUUGGUGGGAAGUUCAAACUGGGAAGGAAAAUUGGGAGUGGUUCUUUUGGGGAGCUUUAUUUAGGCGUAAAUGUGCAAAAUGGAGAGGAGGUAGCCGUUAAGCUGGAACCUGUGAAGACCAGGCAUCCUCAACUUUUCUACGAGUCAAAAUUGUAUAUGCUUCUUCAAGGAGGAACGGGGAUUCCCCACAUCAAAUGGUUCGGAGCCGAGGGAGACUAUAAUGUUAUGGUUAUUGACCUUCUUGGACCAAGUCUGGAAGAUUUGUUCAACUAUUGCAAUCGGAAAUUCACAUUGAAGACUGUGUUAAUGCUUGCUGAUCAAUUAAUUAACAGAGUUGAAUAUAUGCAUUCAAGAGGUUUUCUUCACCGUGAUUUAAAGCCUGACAAUUUUCUUAUGGGCCUAGGACGUAAAGCAAACCAGGUGUACAUAAUUGACUAUGGCCUUGCAAAGAAGUAUAGGGAUCUUCAUACUCAUAAGCACAUACCAUACAGGGAAAACAAGAACCUCACUGGCACAGCUCGCUAUGCAAGUGUGAACACUCAUCUUGGAAUUGAACAAAGCAGAAGGGAUGAUCUGGAAUCUCUUGGUUAUGUUCUCAUGUACUUCUUAAGAGGAAGUCUUCCUUGGCAGGGACUCAAGGCUGGCACGAAAAAAACAAAAUAUGAUAAGAUUAGUGAGAAGAAGGCAUCAACUCCUAUAGAGGUUCUCUGUAAAUCAUACCCAUCUGAGUUUGGAUCUUACUUCCACUAUUGCCGAUCAUUGCGUUUUGAGGACAAGCCAGAUUAUUCGUAUUUAAAGAGACUUUUUCGAGACUUAUUUAUUCGAGAAGGCUAUCAGUUUGACUAUGUUUUCGAUUGGACCAUAUUGAAAUAUCCACAGAUUGGUUCUAGCUCUAGAGGACGGCACGGCAGUGGCAAAGCAGCUAUGAAUGCAGGACCAUCUGUGCAAAAGCCGGAAAAGAUGUCAGUUGGGAAAGAUCCUCGAGAGAAAUUCUCUGGCACUGUUGAAGCAUUCUCCAGGAGAAACCCCCCAAGCUCUAGUCCUCGGGGUGAUCAAACUAGGCAAAGGAUGUUUGAGGAUGUACAGCAACAUAAGGAUAUGCACCGUGAACAAGAGAAGGUACACAGUUCUGCUCGAUACGGAAGCAGUUCAAGGAAAGCCCUCAUCUCAUCAAACAAGCCGAGUUCGUCGGCUGACCACAGUGAUACUCGUACUGGUCGGCUGACUACAAGCAGUAGCCGCCCUUCUACCACACGCGCCUUGUAUGAGAGCAAACAACCAAGUUUUACUCGCAAUACAUCUUCUAGAGGCAAUCGUGAUGAUCCUCUUAGGAGCUUUGAGCUUCUCUCUAUCAGGAAGUAAGGGGCUUCCUUUUCUGCCUGAGAAAUUUUCUAAAUUCUGAUGCACUUGAAAUGCUAGAUCACUUUUUGAGUGAUCUCAAGAACUUUGGAAUCAAUCAUGUACAUGGGAUAGUACUGAAGCAGUGCAUGGUCACAUUGCCCAGAUGAAAUCAUUUCACGACCAGAAUGGUUUCCCGCCCCCCGGAGCGUCUUCGCAAGAUUUCUCAGCCCCGGUAACAUGUUUGAAACAUGCUGGAGUGAGAACUCAGCCAGGAUUCUUUCUUCUGGCCUUUCUACAGGAAGGAACUUGUGUUUACUUGUUCAAUUUCUUUUCUUGGUCAUAUAGAAGAUGAAACUCGAACCGUGGCAAGUCCUGUCUAUGAUAUACGGUUUUGCUCGCUCGCAAGUAGAGCUGUCUUGGCAUGCGAGUAUGCGACUCAUGCUUGAAUGAAUUUUCUUCCCAAAUUUCAAGUAUUUUUUUUCCAAUA